AGGGAAGUGUCCAAACACGUGUAGCACGACCCACAGGCAACCCAACUACCCGAGUCCCAUUUUUAACCACGCCGCGCGUUCUGCCACCGCAACAGGUUCCCAAAGGCCGAACAUCGAUCUCCCCUCCCAUGGCGUCUUCCAGAACGCGGGCAACCAUCAUAUCCUACAUUGCCUCUCGCAUUUACUUCCUUCUCAUCAUUUUUCAAGUUCCUCUUUUUAGGGUCUCCUGUAGAUUUGGAAUAUGUACAACACCAGUAGAGGUGGCAUCCUCUAAUCUGAUUGCGAGUGAUGUCUGCCCUGCAACUGUAGUAAAGGCCUUUCUCUACCCAGGAGCAGUUGCAAAUGCUCUCAUUAAGAACAAAACCAUCCCAAGUUACAACGACCUCAUGCUGAAUGCUCAUGACUUCACCAGUGUCAAGGUGGCCCCUGCAAGAACAGAUCUGCGGCACUUAGAGCUUGUUACGGGAAGCUACUUGUGUGUGGUGGGAGCAUUACUGGGACUCUUAAGACGGGGCAGGAUUAGCCUGUUCGGCACAGUUCUUGUUCUUUGGGGCAUAAUGAAGGAAGAUUUUCUCAGAGCACCUCAAAAUGGAGAUGGUACAAAAGCUAACAGCAUCUACCCAACAAUGUUCAUUGCUGUGCUUUCUGCCUUCUUGUCCAUUAGAGGAGAUGUGAGAAAGAUAGUUCACAGUUACAGGGCUCAGCAUGUUGAAAAGCCUCCUUGGGCAACUUCGAAAGCAAAGCACAAGUGACACAGAAUGUAACAGGUUUCAUUUAAUCCUGUCAAUUCUAUUUUAUAGAACUUGUCACACAUGUAACUUUUGGGUUGGAAAGUGGCUAAUAUAUUAGCCAUUUUUCGCAUGUUAUUUUCUUUAUAGAUAUAUGUUGGUUUUGUGAUACUGCUUCAAAUUGAUUUCUCUUGUCCAAGAGAAGAAAGAUAGGAGAGGCGUGGUAAAUUUGCA